AGAAGAAAAGGGUAGAAGAAGAAGAAGAAGAGACCAAGAAAAUGAAGUGCAUGUGAGGCCGACUCUAGUCUGGGAGAGACUUUCAGCAGCUAUUUCUUUGUCUUCUUCCUCUUUAAAGAAGAACCCUUUCUCACUCUCUCUCUCUUUCUAAAAUCCCCAAUUCCGUGAUAAAAUUUAGGGUUUUUAACUUUGAAGAAGGAGAAAAACAGAGAGAGAGAGAGAGGAAGAUGAGUGCUUCGAGGUUUAUCAAGUGUGUUACCGUCGGUGAUGGCGCUGUUGGAAAGACUUGUCUUCUCAUCUCUUACACUAGCAACACUUUCCCCACGGAUUAUGUGCCAACUGUGUUCGAUAAUUUCAGUGCCAAUGUGAUUGUGGAUGGGAACACUAUCAACUUGGGAUUGUGGGAUACUGCAGGGCAAGAGGACUACAAUAGACUAAGACCUUUGAGCUAUCGCGGGGCUGAUGUCUUCUUACUUGCGUUCUCACUUGUCAGCAAAGCUAGCUAUGAAAAUGUUUCUAAAAAGUGGGUUCCUGAACUGAGACAUUAUGCUCCUGGUGUUCCCAUCAUCCUCGUUGGAACAAAGCUUGAUCUUCGUGAUGAUAAGCAAUUCUUUGCCGAGCACCCUGGAGCUGUGCCUAUCUCUACUGCUCAGGGUGAAGAACUAAAGAAGCUGAUUGGUGCACCUGCUUAUAUCGAAUGCAGUGCAAAAACUCAACAGAAUGUAAAAGCGGUGUUUGAUGCGGCUAUCAAGGUCGUUCUCCAGCCACCAAAAAACAAGAAGAAGAAGAAGAGAAAAUCUCAGAAAGGUUGUUCAAUACUGUGAUUCAAUAAAAAGAAAGGAAUCAACAAGAGGAAUAGAGCUACUAGUAUUUGUUUUUCUCCUUUUUUUUUCUUUUCAUAACUUGUUUACCCAAGGAAUCAGUAAUCUGUUGUUUGUAGUCUGAAAUUGACAAAGUUGAACAACCUAGUAACAAGUAUUUGUAUUCUUGUUUGCAUUUUGAUCUGUAAAUAUAGCACGAAUGCUUGAUUUA